UCGAAGUACGUAUUAUGCAGUAUGCGAUUUAGCCCGAGCCAACUCCAUUUGGCGCGAACUUUGACCGGAAGUGAGCGAUUGUUGUUGUUUCUGUUCUGAGUGUCAGUAGAUUUGACGCGUAUAGUUAGUUUCACGAAGCUGCAACUUCAGUUGUUGAAAGCGACAUUUCUGUGUAUUUAAAAAAAGUACCGACUUUUGCUCUCCAGCAUUGUAAUAUUAAUAUUGUUAUUAUUAAUAAUAACAAUAAUAGGCGAGUAAAUUAGCUUUACGGAGUGAUCAUGUUGGAUGCGUUGUCUGAUGAUGGCAGUAACAUUAGCGAAGCAGAUGACGGCCAGGAGGAUGUAAUGACUCCAGCGGAAUUGAUUGGGAAACUUGAAGAGGCCUGGCUGAAUGAGAAGUUCUCUCCUGAGUUGCUGGAGAACAAGUCAGAAAUGGUUGAGUGUGUGAUGGAGCAGCUGACUCACAUGGAGGCCAACCUGCAGCGAGUUAGGAAAGGGGACGUGAAGGCCAGUGUCCACCGCAUGGAGAUUGACAGGAUCCGCUUUGUCCUUAGCAGCUACCUCCGCUCUCGUCUCCAGAAGAUUGAGAAAUAUUUCCCUCAUGUCCUGGAGAAAGAGAAGUCUAGAGCGGAUGGAGAUCCUUCAUUCCUCUCUCCAGAGGAAUUUGCCUUCACUAAAGAAUAUCUGACCAACACCGAGACCUAUCUCAAAUCAGUAGCUCUAAAACACAUGCCCCCUAAUCUACAGACGGUGGAUAUGCUGAAAGCAGUGCCAGAGCCCUGUCUGGACUCUUUUGUUUUCUUGCGUGUGAGGGAGAGGCAGGAAAACAUCCUUGUGGAGCCUGAGACAGAUGAGCAGAGAGAGUAUGUUGUGGAUCUUGAAGAGGGUUCUCAGCAUCUCAUGCGGUAUCGCACUAUAGCACCUUUGGUUUCAACUGGAGCAGUCCAGCUAAUUUAACUAUCAAGAUGGUUCGGUCCCAUGUGCACUUAAUCGUUUCCUGCUUUGAUGGUUGAUGGCUGGAAGAACAGACUGCCUUGACUGAACUGCUGUGAUCGACAGAUGGAGGGAUGGACAUUAUCUGUGGUUUACCAAGACCUAAGCAAGAACUGGAUUGUAUUUUGUUUUUUUAUAUAUAUAUAUGGGUGGGUCAACUGUCCCUCGUGUUUUUUGUUCUCUUUUUUAUUUGUUAUUUUUUUUGUUUGUUUUUUUACAGCUUUUUAUUGCCAUGAUCAUUGGAUAGAUACAUAUAUGAUAGAAGUGAGAGACCCGUGGUGAGAAUGACACUUUUUGGUGUCGUUAUGUGAAGUAAAAGUUUGGGAGGUACAACACAAUAAAGGGCUGAGAUGUAUAGGCAUCAUUUA